UCUUAGAUCACAAUCUUAUUACCUUGCGGUCAAGAUUUCCAUUACAGAUUUUCAAAUGAAAAUGGAGGAUAUGCCCCUCUCAGGCCUAGACAACACCAGGCUGGAGGCCUUGGCCCAUGACAUCUAUUCUGAGCUGGUGGAAGAUGCCUGUUUGGGCCUGUGUUUUGAGGUGCAUCGUGCUGUGAAACAGGGCUAUUUCUUCUUGGAUGAAACAGACCAAGAGAGCAUGAAGGAGUUUGAAAUUGUGGAUCAGCCAGGAGUGGACAUAUUUGGGCAGGUGUACAAUCAGUGGAAGAACAAAGAGUGCGAGUGUCCCAACUGUAAAAGAUUAAUAGCUGCUUCUCGCUUUGCUCCGCAUUUGGAGAAAUGUCUCGGCAUGGGACGCAACAGCAGCCGCAUCGCCAACCGCAGGCUAGCCAGCAGUAAUAACAUGAGCAAAUCAGAGAGCGAUCAGGAAGACAAUGAUGAUCUUAAUGACAAUGACUGGUCAUAUGGGGCAGAAAAAAAAGCCAAGAAGAGAAAGUCAGAGAAGAGUCAGAAUUCCCCAAGAAGAUCCAAAUCUCUGAAACAUAAAAACGGUGAGCUUGGGAGUAGCGUCGGUGCCGAGUCUUACAAGUAUAACUAUAAUACUGGCAUCAGUUAUGAAACCUUAGGCCCUGAUGAAGUCAGGUCCCUUCUUACAACGCAAUGUGGGGUGAUCUCUGAGCACACCAAGAAUGUGGAUGUAUAUGCCACCUUGUGUCCCACCAGGUCUCAGCGAUGUCCCCAACACACGGACGAGCAGAGGAGGGCCGUCAGGGUGUUCCUCCUGGGGCCGUCCGCGCCGGCGCUGCCCGAUGCGGAUGCUGUGGUGGAGACUGACAGCUUUGACAUUCCAGAAGGACAGACUUUAAUGAGCCGCCUGCAGUGGGAGGACUCCCCUGACAUUUCACCCACUGACUCUGCCUCGUCUAAAGCCAGCACCAACCAUUCAGAUUCUAGGAAGCCCAAGAAAAAGAAGAAGCCAUCUCUUGGUUUGAACAGUGGAGGAGGAGGAAGUGGAAGUCUGGCUGGAGGUGGCAGCAGCAGCUCUCAGAGUAAUAUCAGUAUAUCGACCAAAAAAAAGAGGCCCAAACUCUCAGCACCUUCUCUUUCGAGCAUCUAUGAUGACUUAAACUAGCGUAGGCCAAUUUGUCAGACCAGCUCUUGCCUCCUCUAUGAAGUCCCUUCUUUCAUACCAAGCUUUAAAGGUUUGAGCAGAACGGGAUGAAACUUGACUUAGCAGUUCCUUAGUAAUCAUUUGGCCUUGGCAACUGAGGCAUCUACAUUUUAAAGAUUUAUCUUCCUCAAUUAUGAACACAGAGAUCUAAGAAUUGUGGUCCAAGUAUCUGCAGGGAGUUAUUGGCCCACUUUCAGUGUAAAACAGAGUUUACUUCUGUUGUUCACAUCAUUCACGGCUGCUAUAUUAACACUCAUUCGUCGUCUUAAGCCGAUACUGAGGAUGACUUGAUGCAUUCAGGUCACACUUUGUG